AUGGCCCAAAACAAGAUUCUCUAUUCUGCAAAGAUCGACAAGAACAUGCGAAGAUCAGCCUACUUCAAGACAAACAAGAGAACCGUCAAAUCAAGCAUCAUGCUGAAGUUUGUGACGAAGGCGAUGGAUAUCAAGCUUCAAGGUGAAGCCGAUUUCACGACUAUUCUUGAAGAUCCGAUCGAACUCUUGAAACAUAUUGAACGAUUCAUGAAGAAGAGUGCUGAUGCUGAGUAUGACUUCUUGGAUUUCUGGGAAGCGAAUCAAAAGUUCUUUGCUAUGAAGCAAGGAACAACAGAAAACUUGAUGCAUCUCAAGGAACGAUUCUUGAGACAGGCUGAAGUCCUGCAAGAUCUAUAUGGCAUGGCCUGA